AUGACUGCCACCGAUCCUAGCAAGGUUGAGAACACCCAACGUCUUGAUAACUUUUUGACUCAACGUCCUGAUGCACAAGAGCUUGUUGACAAAAACAUUCUGAAAGAUCCCAAGGUUGCUCCUGCUCUUCAACAACAACGUGAUGAGCUCUCCAAAGCACGUAUCCAAGAUACUUUACGCCACAAGAUCGAUCACCGCCCCACUCGCGAGGAACUCGUGGAACAUCACAUUUUGGAGCCAGCUAUGGGUGAGGACUUUCAAAAGAUGCAGGAUUCACUCAAAGAAAAGAUCACUGAGCGACCCGAUCGUGAAACACUUGUGCAGCAAGGCAUCUUGGCAGGUAACGAGACGUGUGGUGUGUGA